GAUCAGUUAGAAGCCUCAUUAUUCACCCUUAGUUUAGUCAUUGAAGCACUUUUAUUGGAGAGACUGAAAACGGAAAGUACCAAAUUGGAUGGGGACAUGACAAAUGGUGUCUAUCCAGUGCAACAAUAUAGGAUAGCCAAGUUUGGGAAUAUAUGACCAAAACUAUGUUUUUGUCUGUGGGCACUAUCGCAAAGGGUUGCAUGGUGUCCAGCACAUUCAACAAGAUUUUUUCGUAAAAAACUGUAUUCAAACAGUUGAAAAGCUCCCCGUCCAAUAUAAGUGGAUUGCACUCAUAUCAGUGCAGGAAAGCAAUAAAGGGGUUAAGAAAAUAACUGGAGAGUAUCAGUAUGGAAGAAAAUGAUCAUAGCAACAGAGAUGCCGAGCGUCAAGUGUCUGCGGAUGAGUCGAACAGAGCGAUACUUCCGCUGUUACAGGCGCCGGGCAACCUGCAGCAGAUCCCGCAUCGCGUUACCAAUUUCUUUAUCGAUAACAUUUUACGGCCGGACUUUGGGCGGAAAAAAGAUGGAAACCCAAACCAUGAUGAAAGUAGUCUCCCUGCUAGAGAGAACCAAAGUCCGGCUGUUCCAAAAACGGAGCAAGUGGGGAGUACUGUGUCAACAGAGGGAACUUCCACUCCCCAUACAGGCAGUGUGGACAAGAAGGCUGAAAUAGCAACUGAAGAGCCCUUGAAACCAAGCGGAGAGAAUGGAGAUCAGUGCCUAAGCUCGGACUCGGAUAGUUCUCAAGCCAGCUCAAAUGUACCAUCAAAACAGCCUAUGCUCUGGCCAGCUUGGGUGUACUGCACCAGAUACUCGGACAGGCCCUCUUCAGGACCGAGAUCUCGAAAACCAAAGAAGAAAACCGCAAGCAAAGAGGACAAGCGACCAAGGACGGCCUUCACAGCUGAACAGCUACAAAGACUAAAAACCGAGUUUCAAACCAAUCGGUACCUGACGGAACAGCGGCGACAGGCCCUGGCGCAAGAACUCGGCCUUAACGAAUCUCAAAUCAAAAUUUGGUUCCAGAACAAAAGGGCAAAAAUCAAAAAGGCCAGUGGUGCAAAAAACACCUUAGCCUUGCACCUGAUGGCACAGGGACUGUACAAUCAUGCUACUACGUCAAAAGAUGACAAAUCAGACAGCGAUUGAUUUCGAGUGAGAUACAGAUCAGUCUUUUUACAAUGCAAUAAUCUCAACGAAGGGCCAGUGUAUAGAAUAUACCAGCAUAAAUCGAUAUAGAUAUUUCUGCAAUAUCAUGUCUAUGAAAAGAUGUUGUCAAAAAGUACGUUUUCAUUAUCCUGUAACGUGUAUCGUUUUUUUCCAGAAAAAGUAUAGGCUAUAAACGUAUUAUAUACAUAUUAUUAUAUUGCUAUUCAUAUUUCUUUUUACAUUAGCGCUUUUAACUGGCACUUGACGUUGAGAUUUGUCAGUGAAGUGAAAAACAACCUGCUUAAGUCCAAAGAAUAUUUUCUGCUGCAUCCAGGCAACUGUGAAUCUUAAUAAAUUUGCUGACAAGAUAUUUUAUUUCCAUGGUCGUUAUAAUUUUAUUGGGUUUGUGUUUGAUGUAAAAAGGACAUAGCAAGGGGAUUUGAGUUUAAGUAAUGUUCAGAUUUCAUUAAAAAGUAGAGGGAUUUUGAUAUAUCUUUUGGAACAUUAUUAGUCUAAUCACAUAAGUGAUUUGCCAGCAAUGUUAUGGUUAGCAGACAGUAUAGCCUACCUAAAAUGCUAAUAUGUAGGAUACAAAUGUAGUUUCGUCUCAGAACUACAUCUAAACAAGUUAAUUUCUAUUAAACGAUGUUGCUGUUAAGUGUAAUCAAUGUACCAAUGCCUCUAUGAAUAGUUUUUGAAGAGCAAUAUAAAUAUUUUCUAGAAUUGUUUUUCAAUUAUAAUGCUGCCUAUAACCUGAGAGGCAACUCUGUAGCAUAGUGACAAUGAUGAAAAAACUUUUACGCACCCUGGGCUAAAAGCAGAGCCAUAUAUGUAUAUCUCAAAAUAUGACUCUGGCUGAAAGGGUAGACUUGCGUUAGUAGGCACAAGGUAUUGGAUGUAUUGAUCUCAAAGUCCCAUUGAUCUUUUUCUCUAUACAUUUUAUUGCUAUACACAUAUAUAUAUUUAUAUAUAUAUAUAUAUAUAUAUAUAUCAUAAAAGAAGGCGAACCGGUAGUCCCAUUAUAAUUGUUAAAAAUCUCUUAUUAUUUCGAAGGACUUCAUAUGUGUAUUUAUAUAGAUUAUAUUGAGAGAAAAAAAGUCUAUCCAAUGACCAGUGUUUCUUUAGAGUAGAUUUCUGAGGACUUUACACUGCUUGUUUGUCUCGCAAUAACUUCUUUUUGUGAAUGAAUAUGAAAAUGGUUUAUGGGGCCUUUGCAUGAAAGCUGCAAUUUCUUGUAGCCUAUAGGGCAAAUAACUGUGUUUAUUCGGUCGUUGUCAAUGAGAGUAUAUGAUCGAGCUAAGUUUUAGACUGUAUCCAUACCAAAUUGUGGACUUUUGCCUUUUAAAUUUUUUUUGUUUUUGUGUAUCUGCAAAAAGUGUGUGUGAAUUAAAAUCCACCAAACUGAACACACUUUGCCUUAAAGUUCAUGUGCGAACUUUUUUAUGAAACAGAACUGUGCCGAAUCAGAGAAGCAGUAUUACUUCAAAAUGCAGACUAUUUGAUUCAAGAUGAUUGCCUUUAUGAAAACUGCUGAUAGGACAUAUUGAAUUUACACAUCAGCAAAUAUCUAUAGAUGAACAUGUUUAAAUGAAAUUACAACAAGGAGUUGUAUUACUAUACAAUGCUAUUUUUAUUUUAGGUUCAAAGUAUUCUUUGGUAAUGUAUAUAAUUUGUAUCAUGUAUGUAUUGAUUGUGUAAUUAACUUCCUCCUGAA